GCCACAGAGUAGAGAGCCUAGGCCGGCACAACCCAGCCCCUCCCCCAGCACACAGGCCUCGCCUUGGCCAGCUCCUGCCCUCCUCCACUUCUCACAUCCUCAGCCCUGGCCAUAGGCAGCAGGAUGCUGAAGCCACAGAGCCUAAGGACCCCACCUCAGAGAAGUGCAGCUCUCCCAGGUGGGGUUGCUGAGGCCUCAGCAGGGGCAGGCCUGAAAGCUGAUCUGAGAGGGCGUGGCCCUGGCAUGCUGGCAAAUAAAACCCCGGAGCAGCACAUCUGGAGACCAGCAGGCGGCAGGGAGACUGGAAAGCCACUCAGUGCCUGGGUCUUGGAAGUGAUGCCCAUGGCGUCCUCCCAUACCCUGCUCCUCUGCCUGCUGGUCCUGGCGCUCCCUGGUGGCUGGGGUCGCCAGGCGGCCGUCCCCGGCUGUCACCUGCGCACCUUCAACGUGACGGUGCGAAGUGACCGCCAGGGCACCUGCCAGGGCUCCCACGUGGCGCAGGCCUGUGUGGGCCACUGUGAGUCCAGUGCCUUCCCUUCACGCUACUCUGUGCUGGUGGCCAGUGGCUAUCGUCACAACGUCACCUCUGUCUCUCAGUGCUGCACUGUCAGCGGCCUGAGAAAGGUGAAGGUGCGGCUGCAGUGUUGGGGGGGCCGGAAGGAGGAACUGGAAAUCUUCACAGCCAGGGCCUGCCAGUGUGACAUGUGUCGCCUCUCACGCUACUAACCCAGCCCCCCCACAACAUCAGUUCUCUGUGUGUGGGGGGGUGUCAAACCCUGAGCUCCAGCCCUGCAGGAAACUCGCUGCAGGGCUUUCAAAAUGAGGAUGGGACCCCUCUGGGGUCUGACUCCUCACCUGAGAAGGGGGAAGUUCGGCCUCUGCCCGACCUCUGCCGGCCUCUCCAGGUUCACUCCCUCCUGUCCCUACCCCUAAAUAAAGGAGGCGGU